ACAAUAUGUGCUCAUGGUGGCAAGGUCAUAACAUCAAAUAUCUCAGCCAGCUUGUGAACAAUUGCAUCAUCUUUGCUGCCACCAUGAGAGUCACAACUGCCGUGAUCCUCAAGGCCACACAGAUUUACCAAUACUGGCUAUUAUUCACCUGGUCCGCUACCACCCCACCCAUCUACCUACUUUGGGCUUUCUUACUCAUAACAGUAAUAACCGUCAAGUAUCUUAUCCAACGUCCAAGCACUGUAUACCUUGUUGACUAUGCUUGUUUUGGGCCAAACUCGAACUUCCACGUCGACCCAUCCUCCUGGGCUGAGACUCUCCGCUUAAGCUUCCUUGAUGAUGAUACCAUUUCCUUCCUAACAAAAAUUUUUAGACGCUCUGGCCUUGGUAGCGAGACUUGCCUCCCAUGUGUAAACAGUUACCCCCCCCAGACCCAUAGCUUAAGGUUAGCUCGUGGGGAGGCAGAGAUGGUCAUCUUCACGGUCAUUGAUGAUCUGUUUGCCAAGACAUCCGCCAAGGCUCAUAAUAUUGACAUCCUGAUUGUCAAUUGCAGCCUCACCACGAUGAUACCAUCCAUGGCUGACAUGAUCGUAAAUAGAUACAAGCUGCGUAGCGAUACCCGCAAUGUGCAUCUAUCUGGGAUGGGGUGCAGUGCAGGAUUGAUCGCGGUUGGUCUCGCCAGAAACCUCUUGCAAACCAUGCCUCACGGCGCGCGUGCGCUGGUGGUAUCCACGGAGAUCUUGACCGGGAACUUCUAUGUAGGGAAAGAGCGAUCGAUGCAGCUAGCCAACGUGUUGUUCCGGAUGGGAGGCGCUGCCGUGCUACUCUCGACUUCAAGGGACGAUGCCCGGUUCGAACUUACGCACAUUGUGAGAAAAUCCACAGGCGCCCAGGACAGUGCAUACCGUUGUGUUUUCCAAGAGGAAGACGGCGAGGGUAUCCUAGGACUUAAAUUGUCGAAGGACCUUGUGGCCAUCGCUGGUGCAGCACUCCGAGCCAACAUCACCACAGCUGCGCCCGUUGUGCUCCCAUUCUCUGAGCAGCUCUUAUUGUUUCUCUCCUCCAUUGCACAAAAGGUGUUCAUCAUCAGGAAAAGUGCAGGUACAAAGCAGUAUGUUCCAAAUUUCGGCUCGGCGGUUGAGCAUUUCUGCAUACAUGCUGGCGGGAGAGCCGUGGUCGAUGCGGUCCAGCGCAGCCUCAAUCUGUCGGACGAGCAGGUUGAGCCAUCGAGGAUGACACUGCAUCGAUUCGGAAACACAUCGAGCAGCUCGCUAUGGUACGAGAUGGCGUACUGCGAGGCCAAGCAAGUGAUGCGGGAGGGGGACCGAGUCUGGAUGAUUGGGUUCGGGUCCGGAUACAAGUGCAACAGCGCCCUGUGGAAGUGCAUCCUGCCAGCUCGUAGUGCGGACUCGGCGUGGGCAAAUUGCAUCCAUCGUUACCCCAUGGAUGUCACAAAGCAAGUCUCUGUCUAAGGAUGCCCUGACAGAGAGUUAGUACUCUCAAGUACUUUUCAGUGGGAAGAACGAUAUUUUGAGGCAUACUCUCUUAAGCAGCAUGCUCCGCUCUUCUCUGUCGCCCCAAAUGUCAGCGUAAUCCUGCACCGGUUUUUUUCUAGAUAUAUACGUAAAUGUACUCCCUCCGUUCCAAAUUAUUAGUCGUUUUUGACUUUUCUAGAUACAUCGAUUUUAUUACGCACCUAGACAUAAUAAUAUCUAGAUGCAUAGAAAAACUAUGCACCUACAAAAAUCAAAACGACUAAUAAUUUGGAACGGAGGGAGUAGCAUGUAGCACAUGCAUGCAUGUAGACGUUGCAACUAUGAUGUUGCUAUUUGUAUUUUUUUCACAUCUAAAUGCAAUAAGAUCUGUCUGAAGUUUUUGAGACUUUGAUUAGUUCUAGUACCCUUUUACUAAACAAUAAUAUCAUAUUUGUGUGACCCUGAUCUUUCAAUAUGAAAAACGAAGAUUUUGUGCCGUACAUGACUACAUGCUGAUUCAUUUCUGCAUAAACGAUGCUCCUAUGGAGUGGCUACUGUAGUACUUCGAUUUGUCACAUAUCAGGGAACGUACACGCUAGAUAGUACACUACUACAGCGACCUAAAACGCCCAACUAAUUCUGAUCUGCCAACUGAAAACGAGAUGGAGGACUACUCUGCUGCCUUCAUGCCUAGCAAUUUGAUUGGAAAUGAAUUUGUACAGUGAAUUCUGCAAAAAAAAGAGAGGUAAAAAUCAAAAUAAUACGCCUGUAGAUGCCAAUGUUGAACUGCCAAUAGUUGCUGGAUGGAAUAGGUAAAUUCAGGUAUAGACAAGACCAGAAGCGUCAUCCGCUAUUCUACUUGCAUUGAGCAGAGCCGCAUAACCGAGUAACUGCAACCAAGAUCUCAUCAAAGGUUGCCUGUAUUAGGACUGAACAAUGCGAG